AUGUUUCCUGCCAAUGGGGCCAGUACUGCAAGGAGCCACUACGACUCAAGGUCACCAUCAUGGCCACAAGAGGACUCACAGAUGCUUAUUGAGUGGAAGAAACAACUCACUGCAUAUGUGGCAUGGAUGAACUCACAGUUGAAGAAAAAGCCUGGGGCACAUUUAGUGGAAGAUCUCCGACAUGAUGUGAGGGAUGGAGUUGCUUUGAUAAACCUCAUUGAGGUUAUUGCUGGAGAGACAAUACCAGGUGUUCAUGUGGCCCCCAGCAGUCAUGAAGAGAUGAGAGAAAAUGUGGAUAAAAUUCUGCACUUCAUGUUUCUGCAGAAAAUCAAGAUGCACCACAUCACCAUCAGAGACAUUGUUGAAGGCAAUCUCAAGGCCACAAUGAGGCUUAUCUUAGCCCUGGCUGCACAUUAUAAACCCAACAGUGUUAGACAUUCUUCACAGUGCAAUAGGCAAAAUAUUACUGGCAUUGCUCAAGGUGCGGCGGCAGCUCUUACUGAAGCCAGAAGAAAUGCAUCGCGGGCAGGCUUUAGACACAAAAGAAGACGGUAUGUGCACAGAGAAGAGUCCACAUGCUACUCUGAUCGAAGAGUACCAGGCGAAGGGGGUGGUGCCACUGCAGACAUGCGAGUGGAUUUAGAGGGCCGUGCUGAGUUGGAAGGAGCCAGUGGUAACAACAGCCCAUCAUCAAGUCAUAAUACAAGCCCUCGUACCAGUCUCUAUCUCAGUGAUCCACCAUCUUCCAUGGAAGGAUUGCUUUCAGCAGGUGGCACAAUCCGUUUGAUGGUGACUUCUUGUGAAAGUGAUAAUGCCAUGGGAGAUUCUGGUUAUUUUGAGAUUUGUGAUACAUUGAAGGAAACUCACCAAAUGUUAUUUCAGCUCCAUGAUCUG